AUGGACUCCCAACCAACAACCCACGGCGCCCCGGGCGAACCAACCUCAACCAAAGAAAAAGUCCUGCACACCGGCGCCAGCAUGCUCCAGAGCUUCGACCCGCCCAAACAACUCUGCGCCCACCUGCACGCCUUCCACACCUACGCCAGCAACCCCGGCGGCGCCGCAGUAGAAGCGAACCACUACUGCGCCCAUCUCAACGAGGACGUCCGGCAAUGCAUCAUCUACGACAGCCCAGGACCCAAUGCUCGCUUGAUCGGGAUCGAGUAUCUGAUCAAGCCGCACCUGUACGAAGCCCUGGAGCCCGAGGAGCGGAAACUAUGGCACUCGCAUGUUUUUGAAGUGAAGAGCGGUAUGCUGGUCAUGCCGAAUCCACCUGGUGUGCCGGACGUGGCGUGGGAGCCGGCGGAGACGGAGGAGAUGAACGCGGUGGUGGAGUUAUAUGGGAAGGUUUACCAUUUGUGGCAGGUAGAUAAGGGGCACAAGUUGCCGCUGGGGGCGCCUGAGCUGAUGACGAGCUUUACCGGGGAGAGUCAGCUGGAUUUGGAGAAAGUGGUGAAGGAUCGGGAUGAGAAGUUGGGGCUGGAUACGAAGCAUAAGAAGGAGAUUCGGGAGGGAAUCAAGGAGCCGAGCGUGCAUCAGGAUGCUGAUAGUGCGUGGAAGAAGUGA